ACGCUGAAAACGGACAUUUAAUUGCAGAGAAAUCCCAGGAGAUGAUAGAUAAUGGUAUCACUGGACCUGAGGGCCACGAGAUGUGUCCUCCAGAGGAGGUGGAGGGUGAGGCUGUAUACCGUGCCGUUACUAUAGCCAGUCAGGCCAACUGUCCACUCUACGUAUGUAAGAUCAUGAGCCGGACAGCUGCCAAUGUCGUAGGAAAGGUAAUGUUCGGUGAGCCGAUUGCUGCUAGUCUUGGUACGGACGUAACCCACUACUGGAACAAGUGCUGGAGACACGGGGCUGGACAUGUGAUGGGACCACCUCUCAGACCAGACCCCUCCACUCCGGGCUACCUCAUGGACCUCCUAGCUAAUAAUGACCUCCAAGUGACCGGAACAGAUAACUGCACCUUUAACGCUGACCAGAAGGCAUUGGGCAAGGAUGAUUUUAGAAAGAUUCCUACGGUGUAAAUGGUGUUGAGGACAGAAUGUCUGACAUCUGGGAGAAGGGAGUUGAAACAGAAACUGAAAGUAACAGAUAACCAUGGAAAGUGUUUUUUUUGGAUAGCCACAAACCCAAAUAUUAACAGCAGAGAACUAAAAGAGAAGUUUCAGGAGUCAUUUGGUGCUUUGGUAUCGGACACUUUAAUGAGGAGAGUACAGAGGAAGCUUGGUUGGCAGACCCGAACAAACAUCAAGAAGACCAGAAUACAGCCUAAAUGCUCUGGGAAAAAGAGAGGAUUUUAAAAAUGUUGUUUUUGUUGAUGAAUCCAGCGUGGAAAUGAGAAGUAGUGGGAAGAUGUAUUUUUACAAAAAUGGAAACUGUUUUGACCGGUUACCAACAAAAGCACCAAAACCUAAGCAUGCCUACAAGGUAAUGAUAAAACCUCAGGUAUACUGACUGGUGUAGCUCACCUUGUCUGAUAGGGUUAAACGUUAUAAAAGCAAUCUGAUACUAGUGUGCGCUUCUCAAUCAAUAAAAUUUAAUAUGCACACUACAGUAUAAACUUUU